AUGACGGGAUGGCAAACAAGCACCAUCAAGCAUGGCAGUGACCAGGAAUCACACAAGGUUUCCCCGGGAAGCGUUGUCCAAACAGCUGUGGUGGUGGCCUCUUUCCCUAGAGGACAGGGAAAAGUUGAAGAAGCUGUGAAGGCCUUUGAAGUAUUAGUGAGCAAAUAUCCACAGAGUCCACGAGCAAGAUAUGGGAAAGCACAGUGUGAGGAUGACUUAGCUGAGAAGAUGAGAAGCAAUGAAAUAUUGCAAAAAGCCAUCAAUACUUUUCAGGAGGUGGCUAGCCUGCCAGACGUCCCUGCUGAUUUGGUAAAAUUGAGCCUGAAACGACAAGCAGACAGGCAGCAAUUUCUUGGUCACAUGAGAGGUUCUCUGGUUACUCUUCAGAAAUUAGUUCAUCUGUUUCCCAAUGAUAUCUCAUUGAAGAAUGACCUUGGAGUGGGUUACCUCUUAAUAGGAGACAACAGUAAUGCCAAGAAAGUUUAUGAGGAGGUCCUGAGUCAGGCGCCAAAUGAUGGCUUUGCUAAAGUACAUUAUGGCUUCAUUCUCAAGGCAGAAAACAAGAUAGCAGAGAGCAUUCCAUAUUUGAAGGAAGGCCUAGAGUCUGGUGACCCGGGCACUGAUGAUGGACGCUUUUAUUUUCAUUUAGGUGAUGCCCUGCAGAGAGUUGGAAACAAAGAGGCAUACAAGUGGUAUGAGCUUGGGCACCAGAGAGGUCACUUUGCAUCAGUUUGGCAGCGCUCUCUCUACAAUGUUAAUGGACUAAAAGCUCAGCCUUGGUGGACAGCAAAGGAAACUGGUUAUACUGAAUUGGUGAAGUCCCUAGAGAAAAACUGGAAGCUUAUUCGUGAUGAAGGGCUUGCUGUGAUGGAUAAAGGAAAAGGCCUCUUCUUACCUGAAGAUGAGAACCUGCGAGAAAAGGGAGAUUGGAGCCAGUUCACAUUGUGGCAGCAAGGAAGAAAAAAUGAAAAUGCCUGUAAAGACGUCCAUAAAACAUGUGCUUUAUUGGAAAGAUUCCCUGAGGCUACAGGGUGCCGAAGAGGACAGAUCAAGUAUUCCGUCAUGCACCCAGGGACUCAUGUCUGGCCUCACACAGGGCCUACGAACUGUAGGCUGAGGAUGCAUUUGGGCUUGGUUAUACCAAAAGAAGGCUGCAGAAUUCGAUGUGCCAAGGAGAACAGAACCUGGGAAGAAGGGAAGGUUCUUAUCUUUGAUGACUCUUUUGAGCAUGAAGUGUGGCAGGAUGCUGACAGUUAUCGGCUGAUAUUCAUUGUGGAUGUGUGGCACCCUGAGUUAACGCCCCAACAGAGACGCACCCUUCCUGCCAUUUAAGAGGUCAUUUCUGAUAGACUGAUGCUCAUGGACUAGGAAUUCAGUGGCUUUCAAAACACUUCAGCUGCACAACUCUGACUUAAAUAACCUCAGACUAUUAAAAUGUAUUGCAGAAUUCCCCAGCUAAGAUUUUCUUAGUCUUCUUUCUUUCUACCUCAUGUCUUACAAAAUGUUAGAUCACUGUUCUCAUGAGAGUAUCAUUUCAGUGGCAGUACAGGUAAGUAUGUUAACUAGACAGGCUGUAAAACAAGGCAUCUCUCUCUUAGUGACUCUACAGUACAGUAUCCAUUGAAGCCAGUGGAGCAAUGUUAUGUUAUACUGCCUGCCAAUGUGCCUAGUGUAUUCUACCAUGGAUUUUAACGGGGGGAGGGAUCCCUAAGAUAUAUGGCUUCAAUCUUGAAACAUGCUGAGUGCUCAUCUGUGGUUCAGGGCAUUCCUGCAAAGUGCUUAGGGCCCUCAACACUUGUUGAUGUCAGCGUCACCUUACAGAGCUCUUAGUGCCUUGCAGAUCACGCUCUGUAUCUACCCCAUACAAACCAACAUAAAUUAUACCCUUUCUGCAAUUGUUCUGCAUGUAACAUUAGCAGCUGUAUUAAUCCCUAGAUGUGUAAAAUAGUAUCUGACAGACCCCUUCUGGCCACGUAUAAGUGUGAUAUUCUAUGUCGGUUAGAGGUAACACAUUUUAUUUUUGUUCAUUAGGGAUGCUUAUGCCCAGUUGAACUGUCAUUGCUUCAGUGUAUCAUUCACAAGUUAUGAGGCGUAUUUAAAAGAGUAUUAUGCUGUCCACUGUCAACUCAUGUUGUGUAUCUGGCUUACAAUUACUUUAUUUGACAUAUGGGCACCGACCACUUUUUCUAAUAAAUGUCAUAUAGCACAACUGAAUGGAAGGUAAAAAGUGCACGCAAAAGAAUUGUACAGCAGUUUGAAGAAAUAAAGUCACAGCAGAUGCAA